AUGAAGACAUCUAUCUCCUCAGAUGUCUGGGAGAAGAAGAAAGGGUUGAUUGCCAAGUUAUAUAUGGAAGAAGAAUGGCCAUUAAAGCAGGUCAUCAAGCAAAUCCGAUCAGACGAUUUUAAUCCAAGCGAGACACAAUUGCGCAGUCGAUUGAAGAAAUGGAGGGUUACAAAGCCUUCACGUCAAACUCGCAAGAAACCCCAGGGUACAGAUGAUGGGGAUUCAGACAAGGAUGUUAAGGGAUCGUCAACUUCCCCUCGCAACAACCGACCACCUCCCAUGAAAAGGAAUACAUCUACAACUUCGCCUCAUUGGACGGGCGCAUAUCACUCCGCCUAUGUCCCCUCCGACAUUCACACAGCAGACCACCAGCAAAUGAAAUGGAACACUUCUUUAGAUCAACAGGUAUCUCCCACCCCAUCGGGCGAACAUGGUCUCGAUGCAGAGAGGCCCUCCCUCCACAACUACAACCCGAGCCCAACUACUUCUUCCUUCGAGCAAUCUGCUCAAGCAUCUCCUAUUAAUGACGGUCUGGUGGUCAACACCUCAUCAGAACUCACGCCCACAUACGCUGGAUAUCCACUUUCGCCUACUUCAUGUAUUCCUAGCCCUGGAUCAACCGCCGCAAUGCCAUGGCCCGCCCGCUCUGUUUCUGUUGAUCUCGGUCUGAACUCCAGCUUAUACCCGACACAAUGGUAUCCCAUGCCUUUUGAGCCCAUCACCCCGCCAUCAGGUGUGCCUCAUUCUGCUUCUAUGGUUCCUCCCCCUGGAUAUCGCGACCACAUGCCUAUGGUGGUCCCAUCAAACCCGAAUGUUUAUCCUCAUGAAUAUGGUUCGUUCCCUGGCGACGGCAUAGAAUAUCAUCAUGGUUACGAUCCAAAGCAUUGGAAGCGUACCAUGUCUCUUCAAUACGACUUUACUGGUCACCCAUCCGCACGGCUGGACCAGGCGGAUCGCAAACAUAUGCCUGUUCAUGGCCACCCUCCUUCAGGCAUGAUCUCAAUGCCAACAAGUCAACCGGGACCACACAAUGGAAUGUGCGCACCCAUUGUUCCUUACUUAGGUCAAAACCCAAUGGUACAUAAGCAACACCGCGGGGUUGGAUACUAA